AUGCAAGCCAGAGCUGUAACAUCGUGUCCACAUCUUUACUAGAAUACUGGAAUCAAAUCAGUCAUGCAGAUUUUCAAAGUACAGUAAUAUACUCUGCCAUUUAGGAUAUUUUUGACGCAGAUGUACAACAGGAAAUGCCUGCUGUUGCUUUCUCAUAGCUAAGCACUCCAGUGUUCCAUGAGAAUUUAUGGGUUGUCAUUAAGUUCAACAGCGAGACAGAAAGGACAAGGGAGAAGUGUUCCAGCACUUGCAGAAAACCAAACAUGUUACACAGAAGGGGGACUUUGAGUAUAUUCAUUCUUCAAGGAGUAAUUCAUUUUGCAACAUUAUUCAAUGUGGAUGAAAAAAAUGGAAUGCAAUUUACUGGCCCAGUGGAAGACAUGUUUGGCUAUAGUGUUCAACAAUUUGAAAAUGAGGAAGGUAAAUGGGUUUUGAUUGGGUCUCCUUUGGUUGGACAACCAGCAAAAAGGACCGGAGAUGUUUAUAAGUGUCCAGUUGGCCAAGGCAAACCAUCAGACUGCAUUAAACUUGAGUUACCAGAAUUUACAACAAUUCCUAAUGUUACUGAGGUCAAGGAAAACAUGACGCUUGGAACCACAUUAGUCACAAACCCAAAUGGGGGAUUUCUGGCAUGUGGACCACUGUAUGCUUAUAGGUGUGGAAGCCUGCACUACACCACUGGUAUUUGUUCAAAUGUCAGCUCCUCUUUCAAAGUCAUUAACUCUGUUGCGCCUGCUGUGAAAGAAUGUAAGACUCAGCUUGAUAUAGUGAUUGUUCUUGAUGGCUCUAACAGCAUCUAUCCCUGGACCAGUGUUAUUGAUUUCCUGAAAAAAUUAUUGGCUAAUAUAGAUAUUGGGCCUAAUCAGUCACAAGUUGGAAUUGUUCAGUAUGGAUCGGAUGUGGGUCAUGUUUUUAAUCUAAGCCAGUUUAACAAUACUCACGAUAUACUGCAAGCAGCACAACAAAUUAAGCAGAGAGGCGGAGAUAGGACUAUGACAGCACUUGGCAUCGACACUGCUAGAAAAGAAGCAUUUACUCCAGAGAGAGGAGCUCGCCCAGGAGUAAGGAAAGUCAUGGUUAUUGUAACUGAUGGAGAAUCACAUGACAGCUACAAUCUUGAUAAUGUCAUUGAGGACUGUGAAAACGAAGGAAUUCAGAGGUUUUCGAUUGCUGUGCUAGGCAGUUACAGGAGGACAAAUAAAACCUUUGAUAAGUUCAUUAAGGAAAUUAAAUCAAUUGCAAGCAAGCCUACAGAGAAACACUUCUUCAAUGUCUCAGAUGAAGUUGCUUUGGUUACAAUUGUUGAUGCCCUUGGAGAAAGGAUCUUUGCACUAGAAGCUACGUCAGAUAGUCUGGCAGUAUCAUUUGAAAUGGAAAUGGCACAGGCUGGAUUUAGUGCCCAUUCUUCAAAGGAGCGCGUUAUGCUGGGAGCAGUUGGAGCUUAUGACUGGAAUGGAACAGUGGUCAUGCAAAAUGGAAAUGACUUCAUAAUUCCAAACAACAGUGCAUUUAACACUCCACCAAUGGGUACAUAUGACGCUCUCGCUGGGUAUAUUGGUUAUGAUGUCCAUUCUGCAUCUGUGGCCGAUGGAGUGCUAUACAUUGCAGGAGCUCCACGGUACAAUCAUACUGGAAGAGUUAUUGUGUAUACCAUGAAUGGUGAUGAGAUGAGCAUCACACAGACAAUAAAUGGAGAACAGAUUGGCUCAUAUUUUGGAAGCGUCCUGACAGCAGUUGAUGUGAACAAUGAUAACAUUACUGACAUUCUCCUGAUUGGUGCUCCAAUGUUUAUGGGGCCGGAAAGAGACGAGCAGGGGCAGGUGUAUGUGUACACACUUAACAAGCAUACAUUUGAACUUCAGAUGAUCCUGAAACCAAAAAAUCAGACGUGUUGCACAGUACAUUCACGAUCUUGUACUACUUCAAAUAAAAAUGAGCCCUGUGGGUCACGGUUUGGGACAGCCAUUGCCGCGGUGAAGGAUCUUAACCUUGAUGGAUUUAAUGAUGUAGUUAUUGGAGCCCCGUUGGAGGAUGACCAUAGGGGGGCCGUAUAUUUCUACCAUGGAUCAGGCAAAUCUAUCAGAAAGGAAUAUGUACAGCGAAUUGCUUCAGGUGGUGAUGGAGAGAAACAGAAGUUCUUUGGACAAUCCAUACACGGAGUUCUUGACUUGAAUGGAGAUGGAAUAACUGAUGUCACCAUUGGUGGUCUUGGAGGUGCUUCUCUCUUCUGGUCACGGGAUGUAGCAGACGUGCGAGUUAAUAUCAGUUUUGAUCCAAGUAAAAUCAACAUGCAGAAGAAACUAUGUAACGAAAAAGGAAAGGAAACAGUUUGUGUCAAUAUUACAAUCUGUUUCAAUUACAAACUAAAUUCUGAUCAGGCCAGUCAAUCAAAAAUAGGCAUUGAUUACAAUUUAACAAUAGACUUUCAGAGGCUGUUAGCAAGAGGAUUCUUAUCUGAAACUUCAGAACGUAAACUUCAUUCCAAUAUUACUGUCCUCAACUCGGUCUGCAGAGUGCAUCGCUUCUACAUGUUGGACAAACCAGAUUUCAAGGAUCCUGUAAAGGUUAAGCUCGAAUUUAAAUUGUCUGAUGAAGAAAAUGGCCCCGUCUUAAAUGAUCAACUUCCUACAUCAAUAAGCGAAUCUAUACCCUUCACAAUGGAUUGUGAGAACAAUGAGAAGUGUAUUACGGACCUACAACUUACCUCAAAUGCAAACAUUGCAGGAAAUAGUGUUCACCCCUACAUCAUCAAGCCUGACCAGGACAAGUUCUCACUAUCAGUUUCAAUUACAAACAAAAGAGAUAGCGCCUACAAUGCUAGAAUCCUGAUUGGCUACUCUCAAAAUGUUAAUUACGUGAGGACAGAGCCAAGAGAGAAAGACUGUGAAUCCAAUCAUAAUAUAACAUGUGCAGUUGGAUAUCCAUUUCUAAGGAAUAAUGAAAAGGAUUCAUUUGAAAUUAUAUUUCAAUUUAAUACCUCCUCUCUCUUGGAUAAUAUCACAAUCCAUUUAUAUGCCACAAGUGACAGUGAGGAGCCUGAAUCCACUUACUCUGAUAAUUAUAACAGCAUCAUAAUCCCAGUGAAAUAUGAAGCUGAGAUACAUUUCCUAAGAACCAUACACGAUUAUAAUUUUGUGAUUAAAAGAGACGAAAGAAUGCCAAGUGUUAUUAAUUCAACAGAUCUGAUCGGAGAUGAAGUAAAUGUCACUUACUCGAUUGAGAAGGUCAGAGAUUUACCAAUGCCAACUCUUACAUUGAAUGUCACAUAUCCUUAUCACUCUCUUCAAAAAAACAUCCUUUUAUACCUGUCAGAUGUGUCAUCUUCUCCUAAUGUGAAAUGUGAAGGCAAUCUGGUUAAUAAAUUAAAAAUUGGACCAGACAAUCCUCAUGAAUUAUCGCCAAAGAAGGAAACGCUUAACAAUUAUGUGGUGACCUGUCAAACUCUGAAAUGCAGAUCUUUAAUAUGUAAGAUAGAGCCAUCAAAAUCAACAAAAGUCACUGUUGCAUGGAGAAUAUGGAAAUCUACAUUUAUUAAAGCAGAGUACUCUAAUCUGUCCUUAAGCAUAGAUGCUGUGCUUGAAAUCACUGAUCAGACUUCAGUUUUCAUCUUAAAUAAAGAUGGUACCAGAAGACCAGCAACAAUAUAUGUAUCAAAGCAGCCUCUAGGGGGGAUAUCGUACUGGCCAAUUAUACUUAGUAUUCUUAUAGGAUUCUUGCUCUUAGCACUGGUGAUUUUUGUAUUAUGGAAGUAUGGAUUCUUCAAGCGACCCUUGAAGGAAAAACAAAAUGAAAAACAAAACCAAAGUGUUAUAUAACAUUGCUUCUUUGGUCUGUUUCACUUGUUGUAAAGGACUUUUUGUAAUGGUAAUCAUUUUGCAGGUUUGCUUUGAUAAUCUUCAGUUCGUUUUGGCCUUAUUACGGAACUAUAAAUGCAACAGUUAUUUUUUUUUUUGCUUGCUAACAUGCAGUUUCAUCGUAGCACAUUGUCUAAUCUAUCGUUGAAAUGGCGGACACACCGGACACAACAAGCGUGAUGUGGCAAGUUUGUGCUUGUCAUGUGAUUUUACUUUGGGGUCUCGUCUUUCAUCCUGUUUAUUAAUGUGAACUGUUUACUUCGGGCCAUUUGUCUCAGGAUGGAUUCCCACUUCUUUGCAAUAACAACGGGAUAAAACACAAUUGGAAACAGGCAAAUAUUGACUUGCGCUGCGGAAAGUAAUGAAAGCAAUGGUGUAUACAAAAUGUACACUUUGUCAAAGCCAUGGAAGCUCAGGAUGUUGUCCAGUUUUGAAAGCCUUCUUUUGGACAGUAUUUAUCAACUGUGAUUAUCCAUCAGUCUUUUAGAUAAUUCACGCAGUGAAACCAGAUGAUUAUAACAUGAACAUUGUCUUAAAGAAAGUGAUGACAUGAAUUUGACAGAUGUCUAAAAUUAUUUAUAAAGCAAACAUGCUGUCUACAAGGAAGUUCCCUACAGAUGAGAGAAAAUUCACAGCAACACAACUGAGCUGUGGGAACUCUAUGAACCAUUGGACCAAGGCUCAAUGUGGGAGUUACAUUUUUUUAGAUAUGAAAAUGAAAAUGGAAACUUGAGAUGAGUAGGUUGUGGGAAAACCUCAAGCACACCACGUGCCUAAGAGCAACAAGAAGAAAUGGAUGUGAUGUACGUUUUAAUAUAUAGGAAGUUAAACAUCUGGAGCCAGCAACGAAAGGUUAGAGGAACAUAUGGUAACACAUGUGACUCUUCAGCUCCUUUGGGAAGAUCCAGCAUCAUUUCAUCACUGAUUGAUGUUCUUUUGUUUCCCAGAGCAAAUGCUCAAGUAGCUGAAGUGCCCUGUAAUUUCUUUAUUUAUUUCUUACACUGUUCUGUGUUUCAGUUAAAAGUGUUUGCAAUCCAUGUAUUUUAAGUGACAAUCGUAAUUUUAUACCAUGAGAAAAGUCUAUAAAAAUUUGUGUUUGUUUAAUUGUUUUUCUGUUGGGCUGAUCAGUUAAAUGCUUUAAGCAAUACAUUUAAUGGUUUCUCAUCCUUUAUAAACCUAUAGGACAAUUAGAGUACAAACUUGUAUAACUAUAAAGUCAAAGUAUAGGCCUAUGGACACACCAAACCAGAAAAGGUAUUCAGAAAUAGACAAAUGAUGUAAUAACAGAGCAAUAAAUACAAUAUUGUUUCUUUUUAGGCCAUUCAGGCGCUAGAUGUAAGGAUUCCCUACUAUGUGUGACGCAGCUAGCAAGAAUUGGACAUAAACUUUUUUCCAUUUCAUGCAUCAUUGCUCUCUAGUUUAAUGCACAUCUUCCCAUUGCCAGGAAAUCUUUGCCUAUGACUCUCCCAUGGAACACUAAAAGAUAGCCAGGGAAAAGCCAUUUACUCCCUAGAUGUAGUUAAAUGUCAGAAACACCUUCUUCAUCACGGGUCACUGAGCUAUCUGGCAAUCCAUGGGAACAAAGCUUCAUUAUUGACAUAAUGAUUAGGCUAGAGACCCCCAUAAUGCUGUCUACAAGAUGACCCACUUCAGUUAUGUAAAAUACCAGACUACAGAUUAGCUGAACAUUUAUCUAAACCUGGGAUUUUUUAUGGUGUCAAUACAUUACUAGUUUCCCACCUGGCAUUGUUUAAAGGUCUUUAUUUUACUGUAGACUAAAAUGGCACGCUGCUUGAUUGAUAAAGAACUGCUAGACUAGUAACAGUCACUUGCAAGCAGUAUGUACUGCAACUUAAAACCUCUGAUGAAAUUAACAGUAGAAUUUAUUUGAAUACAUGCCAACAUUAAAUUACCUUUAUUACUGUUCAAUUUAUACAAUGUAUUUAUUGUUUAAAUUACUAUGCAAAAUCUUGUCAAAUGUGUUUUUACUACAUUGUUCUUAUUUUAAAUGUUAUUUAUUUGUGCAUCCACAACAGCAGGCUUACAUAAAUUCUAGUUUGCUUCUAAUUUUUUUUCACCUUUUAUUUUGAUAAUUUAAAAUAGAUAUUUGUAUUUCUUUACAAAAUAGCAAAUAUACAUGUAUAUAUUCUUACACAUUCUAGCUACAGGAACAGCUUCCUGGUUUUCAGCAGGACAAGAAUAAUUGUGAAACUAACUACAUAUGUUGUUUCGCUUAGAAUAGAGAAAGACUCUUUGGGCAAAUAGUUCCACCCUGCAGAGCACAACUCUACCCCAGCCCCAGUAUAACCAGCAAAGACACUGGAAAUUGGUAUUCAAUCUGAACGCUGAUCCCAUACAGAACUAAUGGAUGCAGUUAAAGGCAUUAUAACCACAACACCCUGAAGCUCUGUGUGGCUUGUCUGUUAUUGUGGUGUAGUCAGCAGGAUAGUGGUGCAUCAAAAGU